CCAUGCCCGCUGCGACACAUCCAAAGGCUGGCGUGUUCAAACCUUUCCAUCAUACCCAGGCCAUUGCGCCCCCGAAAAAUCGACGGCAGUUCCGGCACCUCGAUCAGCCUCGUCCCUGCUCUUCGCCACCCUGUCCAUGACCGUCCGAGGUACUGCGAUUGCCAGCUCUUGCACGCCCCCAACGGAGGCCCGCGCUGCGGAUCCAACGUCGCCAUGGCGAUUGCGCGGCCCGUCCGGGCUCUGCUCAUCCUCGCCGCCGUCGUUUGGUGCUUCUUCCUCUACCAGAUCUUCAAGCCCGAUGGGUUGAUACGGGGCCCCGGCGCACGGUAUCAAAACUUCGAGCGCGACCCCAACUUGGAUCCCACCGGUGAACCCGAAGGCGUCCUCCGCCGCGUCUCCGAAAAAUACGCACCCGACGCCGAGGACAGCGCCCGCAUUCCCGCGACUCUGCUGGCGCUGGUCCGAAACAGCGAGGUCGAUGAUAUGGUGCAGUCAAUGGUGGAUCUCGAGCGAACGUGGAACCACAAGUUCAACUACCCAUGGACCUUUUUCAACGACGAACCCUUUUCGGACGAAUUCAAGACAAAGACGCAGGCCGUCACCAAGGCCAAGUGCAACUACGAACUCAUUCCCAAAGACCACUGGUCCACGCCGUCUUGGAUCGAUGAUGCUAUAUACGACGAAUCCACUUCUGUCCUUGCCGAGUCUGGCGUCCAGUAUGCCAAAAAAAUAUCCUAUCAUCAGAUGUGCCGAUGGAACAGUGGCAUGUUCUACAAGCACCCCGCCCUGAAAGACAUUCGGUACUACUGGCGCGUCGAGCCCAAAGUACAUUUCUUCUGCGAUGUCGACUAUGACGUCUUCGCCUACAUGUACGACAACAAUAAGACCUACGGCUUCACCAUCUCGCUCUAUGAUGACCCCAAGACGCUGCCGACAUUGUGGCCCGAAACAGUCAAGUUCCUCGCCGACAAUCCCCACCACGCGGUUCACGAGAACAGUGCCCUCAAGUGGCUCACUGACGAUAUCCGGAGACCCGAUCACAACAAGAAGGCUCAGGGAUACUCGACCUGUCACUUCUGGAGCAACUUUGAGGUGGCGGACAUGGACUUCUGGAGGAGCCAGGUCUAUGACGACUACUUCAACCACCUGGACCGUGCGGGUGGCUUCUUUUACGAACGCUGGGGCGAUGCUCCUGUACACAGCAUAGCUCUCGGUCUUUGGGAAGACGCGAGCAAGGUGCACUGGUUCCGCGACAUCGGCUACCAGCACAUCCCCUUCUUCAACUGCCCCAACUCGCCCAAAUGUAAGGGCUGCGUCACCGGCCGCCUCACGGACGGCGAGGCCUGGCUCCAUCGGGAAGAUUGUAGACCAAAUUGGUUCAAGUACGUUGGCAUGGGUUGAAUGGUUCGUUGUUGUUCUUUGCAAGCAAAAGACCCAUCGGUGCGCCAUAGCCCCCGAGAGUCAUAAUGUGCGAGGUCUUGGUGGUCUAUCGAAAGCUGCAUCUAAAUGAAUGCGCUUCGCAUUGGUAUGUUAAGAGCAUUGUCGAUUUUGGUGUUCAAUGGCGCGAAGGCGAACUUGGCUGUGUUCAAAGCGUCGCCGUCCAGAGACGUCUCGUCGCAGCGCCAUGUAUUGGGACAUAUAGACAGGGGGUAUCUUGACGAAGGAGCGUCUUGAUGUUGGCGUAGACCAUAUAUCUGCUUGAGGCACAUAUCAUAAUGCACCGA